AUGUUUGGGGAUUACGUCAGCCUGGCGGGCAGGGGCCGCGGGGACAGCGCGGGAGGCGGGCUCCCGCAGGCCUCCCGCCGCCAGGGCCUCUGGACAAUACUGCCAUUGUCGGUGACGGAGUGCUUAGCUCCCCAUGAAUGGUACACGGGCCUCUUGACCAAGGAGGCCGCCUAUAGCCCCAACUGUCCCCUCACAGGCGGGGAGGCCCAGUGCGGUGGGAAGGGCUGGCUGUGGACUGCACGGAUCUGUCCCUCAGAAGGGGCCACCGGCAGGCUAGGUGCUGCUGCUGCUCUACCCUGUGUGGUGUCCUCCCUCUUCAGCAUGGCCUCCUGGCUGGGGGACACUGCUGGCCCUGACCCACUCAUGGUGCUCCUGGUUGUCAUCCUCCUGGUACGUUUCAUCCUGUGGUCCUGUCUGGGGACCUAUAUGGACUACAGGCUGGCUCGGCCUCAGCCUGGAAAACCCAAGGAAGAGUAA